AUGAGGGCGGCGGGGGCCGCUCGGGGCGCGGCGCUGGCGGCGGCGGCGGUGACCGCGGUGGCGCUGGCGGUGGCGGCCUGGCGGCGGGCCCGGCCCGUGCGGGAGGUGCUGUUCUUCCCCUCGCAGCCCUGCUGCAUCGAGGCGCUGCUGGCCGAGGCUGCCGAGCCCGGGGCGCCCGCCCGGCCCUGCCCGUGCCCGCUGCCGAGCGGCGACACCGCCCUGAGCCGCCUGGUGCGCCGCCUCCUCUCCGCCCGCCGCUCGCUCGACCUCUGCCUCUUCUCCUUCUCCUGCCCGCAGCUCGCCCGAGCCGUGCAGCUGCUGCACCGCCGCGGGGUCCGCGUGCGGCUGGUGACGGACGCGCAGUUCAUGGGGCUGCACGGCUCCCAGAUCGGCCGCCUGCGCCGCGCGGGGAUCCAGGUGCGCCACGACCAGCACAGCGGGUACAUGCACCACAAGUUCGCCAUCGUGGACCGGAGGAUGCUCAUCACAGGCUCCCUCAACUGGACCACCCAGGCCAUCCAGAACAACCGGGAGAACGUGCUGGUGGUGGAGGACGCCGAGUAUGUGAAGGCUUUUCAGGAUGAGUUUGAAAGGAUUUGGGAGGAGUACAAUCCUGCCAACUACAGGUUUUUUCCCGAAAGGCAGUAAAUGAUUGAGCUGCCUCACAGGGCUAGUGGAGCAUGGUAACACCCACGGAUUUUGUUAUUAUCACUGUUUUGUCCAUCUGGGUGUAACUUUGGUAAAUGUCUCCAGAGAAGCAAAGUGUUCUCUGGCCCAAAAUGGCACAGAUCCCUUGCUGUGGGUCAUUCCCGUGCUAGAGGGAAUGUCAAAAGCGUUUGGUUGUGCGGGUGACAGUGACAGAAUUGCAUCCAUAGGCAUUAAGACUUGGGGCAAGCUCGUUGCUGUGCCCUGGUGCAGACCAGGUGUGUUCAUACAGUGCUGAGCGUGUGUUUCAGUGGUAAAAGGAACAUUUUCCAGCUCAGGAUAUGGAAUGGAAUUACAGCCAAUUCCAAGUGGAAUUGUAGCCCAAGGGCUCCUCUACACUCAUAAAGAAGGGAGAGAUA